CUCCCACCUCGCCGUGAGAACAGAACAGUCUCUAACCGGACGUGCGUUUCUCUUCCAUACACCGCGCGUUGCUCACGGGGCGCGGAUACAGGGUUGCAGCUGGCGUCGGGGGCUCGAACCUGCGGAAAGGACACGGAUCCAGGACCGGGACUGACCCUGAGGAUGAUGAAGCUGGUCAGCGGGGGCUCUGUAGUGAAUGCCGAGGCAGUAUGGGACCAUGUGACCAUGGCUGACCGGGAGCUGGCCUUUAAGGCUGGCGAUGUCAUCAAGGUGUUGGACGCCUCGAAUAAGGACUGGUGGUGGGGUCAAAUUGACGAGGAGGAGGGCUGGUUUCCCGCCAGCUUCGUCAGGGUGGAGUCCCACCCCCCUCAAACCAAACAGCUUUUUUAUAUCAGCCCUGUCGCUGCAUCACGCCUCACAAACGCCACGGCUAAGUUAUGGGUAAAUCAGGAGGAAAACACCGUGGUUGAGGCUGCCGAAAGCUCAAGCGAGGUGCAGAACGGUCAUGCGGAGGCCAGUCCGAACCCCAGUACCGACUGCCUGUGUCUGGGCCAGCCCACUCAGAACCGGGACCAGAUGAGGGCCAAUGUCAUCAACGAGAUCAUGAGCACAGAAAGACAUUACAUCAAACACCUGAAAGACAUCUGUGAGGGGUAUCUCCGUCAGUGUAAAAAGAGAAGAGACAUGUUUAACGACGAUCAGCUGAAAGUGAUCUUUGGAAAUAUCGAAGACAUUUACAGAUUCCAGUUGAGCUUUGUCAGAGACCUGGAGAAACAGUUUAACACGGAAGAACCUCAUCUCAGCGAGAUCGGACCUUGCUUUUUGGAACACCAAGAUGGAUUCUGGAUCUACUCGGAAUACUGCAACAACCAUGUUGACGCCUGCAUGGAACUCACACGUCUCAUGCGAGACGCACGAUACCAGCACUUCUUUGAAGCUUGCCGAUUGGUUCAGCAGAUGAUCGACAUCGCCAUCGACGGCUACCUGCUCACACCAGUCCAGAAAAUCUGCAAAUACCCUCUACAGCUGGCAGAGUUACUGAAAUACACAGUACAAGAACACAGUGAUUAUCGGUACGUGGCUGCUGCGCUAGCUGUAAUGAGAAAUGUCACUCAGCAAAUCAACGAACGCAAACGAAGGCUUGAGAACAUUGACAAAAUCGCCCAAUGGCAGGCCUCUGUACUGGAUUGGGAGGGUGAGGAUAUUCUGGACAGGAGCUCAGAGCUUGUGUACACUGGGGAGAUGUCCUGGAUAUAUCAACCAUACGGGCGCAGCCAAACCAGAAUCUUCUUCCUAUUCGAUCAUCAGAUGGUCCUCUGCAAGAAGGAUCUCAUUCGGCGUGAUAUUCUCUACUAUAAGGGUCGGAUUGACAUGGAUCGAUACGAGGUCAUUGAUGCAAUCGAUGGCAGAGAUGAUGAUUUUAACGUUAGCGUGAAGAACGCCUUCAAACUGGCCAACAGAGACACAGACGAGAUCCAUCUGUUCCUGCCCAAAAAGCUGGAGGAAAAAAUCCGCUGGCUUCGGGCGUUUCAAGAGGAAAGAAAGAUGGUUCAGGAAGAUGAGAAGAUUGGGUUUGAAAUCUCAGAGUAUCAGAAGAGGCAAGCCGCCUUAACUGUUAGGAGAGUCACCAAACAGAAAGGUGUUGGCCGGUCGGGUCCCCCAGCGUACCCACCUCCAUUGGACCCCAUGAACCCCGGGCAGUACCUUCUCCCAGACGGCUACGGGCAGGCGGACGGAUACGAAUACGAGCCCAAACGCAGCACAUCUCCCUUCUGGCAGAACUUCAGUCGGUUAGCUCCCUUUAAAAAAUAGAACACACAUCCACCAGGGGUCGGAUACACCAGCCUCUGUAUACUUGGAAAAGCACUAUUCUACUUAAGAUACAUCUGCGGGACUUGAGGAGGACGGACACACACACAAACUACAGGAGAGAGGACGGACCUCGCUUUACUGGGGUUUACCAGGCGUAUUUCUUUUACUGGGGUUACGGGGACACCUUGCUGGGCUGGCUGCACUGAAUACUGCACACGACAUGUUGUAAUUCACAGAAAAGAAAAAAUAUCACGCAAACACGCACACACAAAAAAUACAUUUUAUCCCUCAGCACUCUCUUUUUAGAGAGGUUUUAAAUUCCGAAAUAUGGAAAAUCAUUUACGGUUUCUUCUUCUCUAUACAAAUCGAAAAAGCGAAUUUUCACCGUUUGAAGCACUAAAUCGCCGUAAUGACUUUUGCUCUCUAGCGCCGCCCUGGUGUUCCUCCGUGCACUGUGACUAUUCGGGGCAUUCUCUCUCACCCAAUCUCUCUUUUUCUCUCUCGAUCUCAUACUCCACAUUAUCACGUGUUUUUCCAACAGUCUGGUCAAAGCUGAAGAUUUUUGUUUUCCUGGACAAUUUCUCCUUGGAUGGAACCUGCUGCACUCUUUAGUUCGUUUUGCAUGAAAUUCAGUUCAUUGCAGGUAUUUUUAUUUGUGUAAUUCUAUUCGUACGGGUCUCAAAGAACAGUGGAUCACGAUCUGCAAAUUUGUCACGCGAGUUGCUUACACCGAUCACGGUCUACUGCAACUUUGACAUUCAGAGAAAUCUACAAUCAAUCAAGCCUAAAAGUCAUUUUGGUUUGCCGCAGUCUUUAGGAACCCUGAUUAAACCACAGACCAGAGAAACCCGAAGGAGGAACUGUUUCGCCCUGAACAGUGGACCUCUGUAGCGUGUUUACGUCAGAGCCUUGUUUAUCCUAAGGUCUCGGUCUUGGCUUCACCAUUGUUUCCUCUCUCCCAUCAUAAGUGCAAUCCGUCAGAAGACCGGAGAACCUACAAAAAAAAGAGUAAUAAUGCCACUUCUGAGCCCUGUCUUCAUUUUAUGGGGAAUGAUACCUGGACCAGGACGACUUCAAUCCUGCUGAUCAACCUCGUAAUGACGUGCCAAUUCAUCUCUAACAUGCCAAAAUAGUCUGGUUGCCAAAUUUUCCUCUAACAGGUGCAUUGGCAUGUGCGAAUGCCAACCCCAUGAGCUGGUACCCCGCCAUGUGACUUCUCAGGCGAAAAUUAAGUCAGUGAAAUUUGGUUAUCGCUGCUAGGAUUAGCAUGACAUAGCGUUUCAGUUAUUUUUUUCUUUUUUUUUUGGGUUGUUUUUGGUUCUCUCUCUCUAUAUAUACAAUAUAUAUAUAUAUUUAUUUUUUCCCAAAUUAAAGGGACUUGUGCAAAAUUUAAUUUAUGGUAUAUUCGCGUUUUGUCUGAUAACUUUCAAAGGAUAGUAUUUAGUCCAAUCACAAUAUUUAAAGUAUUGCUAUAAAACAUUAUUUAUUCUAUUAAAGUGUGAUUUUCUUUUUUUCCAUCUGGAUCCUCUUUCUAUAUUUUAGAGCUUCUGCUGGAGUGUUAAAGACCCUUUUAGGGCAUAAAAAAAUGCAAGAGGACAGUAUGGAAGAAAUAUGUCACACAUGUGUACUAAGUGCCACAUGAAACUAUUAUUAUGUUACAAAGGAAAAUAUCAGUUUAAUAUUUUUGAUUCGGUGAUCUGAUUGAAAUAACAUGAUAUCAUUAUUUCAUAAUAAACUUCAUUAUGGAGAAAACAGAGUUGAAAUUAGUAUGUUUCCUCUGGUCUCGUUUUAUUAUUCAUUUUAUCAUCUGUUUGCUAAACACAGUGAUGCUGGUUUCAUUCUGAACAUUUUUAGAGGGUAAUUCAAAUUAACUACAACAAAAAUGGGAAAAGAAGGUUUCAAAUAUAUAACGCAUAUACACUACCAUGACCAAAAACAAAUUUUUAUAUCAGUAUGAAAUAUUUCAACAUUUCAACAGGAUCAUGUGACACUGAAGACUGGAGUAAUGGAUGCUAAAAAUCAGCUUUGACAUCACAGGAAUUAGAGAUUACAUUUUAAAAUAUAUCCAAAUAGAACAUUCAGUUAAGGUCAAAAGUUUACAUACACCUUGCA